AUGGAUUUUUACUUGGCUGGAAUGGAAACUACAAGCACAACACUCAGAUGGAGCACAUUGUUCAUGGCCACUAAUCAAAGAGUCCAAGAUAAAAUUCGCGAAGAAAUCAUGUCUAUUAUUGGAGCAGAUGGGAAGCCAACGGCCAAUUUCCGGAAUCAGAUGCCAUAUACUAUGGCAGCUAUCCAUGAGAUUCAACGAUGCGCCAACAUCGUCCCCUUAAAUGUAAACCAUCGCACUGUAAAGGACACCAGCGUUGGCUCUAUUCCAAUUCCAGCAAACACCUUUGUGAUUGGCCACAUACAGCAUGUGAUGGCUCAUUCUCCAGUUUUCAAAGAUCCUAAACAGUUUCGACCAGAGAGAUUUCUUCUAGAUGAUGGUAUUACGACUAAUAAGGAGACAGUCGAGCAAAUGUGUCCAUUCUCCAUUGGAAAAAGACAAUGUGCAGGAGAAGCCCUGGCUAGGGUAGAGCUUUUUGUUGGCCUCGUCACUUUGCUACAGAACUACAAGAUUGAACCCGUGCAAGGAAAACCGGUUAAUUUGGAACCAGAGUUUUCCGGUGUUUUACUUCCAAAACAGCAACCAUUACGUGUCACUCCAGUAUCAGCUUGA